AUGGGAACCACUUCAGGACCACAAUUCCUAUUAGAGGAUGGAUUACUGUACGGUAUGCCAAGUGGAGCAAGCCCCGCGCUGCACCCUAGCACCCCCUUCGGUAAUCCUCCUGCGCUUCAGGCCACGGUCGAAGCGGAGCUUCUAGCUCAGAUGACCUCCCUUCGGAGAGAGAUGGCUAAACUCCAAGAACGAAACACAAAACAUUCAGACCAUCGAAUCUUCCCAGAGUCAGCAGACCCCCGGUCGGCAGACGAAGGGAAAGCAGGGGGCAAAGGCAACGCCUGCGCCCUCCAAACAGCUGGUGGUCCCGGCUCCCCAGGACCAACCUCACAUACCGAAGAAGGUGUACACCGAUUGUCGUCAUCGGAUCAACGACAAGAAGGAUGCCGAACGGCAUAG